AUGCCUAACAACGAAAACCCCAUGGCCGCCGACAACGACGACUCAGCCGAAUGCGCCUUCCUGGCCGACCUCACCCCUUCCCUCCUUCCGCACUACCAAUAUCGGGGCCCGCAGCAGUUCAUACAGGACUACGAGCAUGCCCGGGAAACCACGAUGGAGAGCACCGAGUGGUUUCUGCUCGAGGGGCUCCCGCGCGACGCGUUCGAGCAACACUUCUGUCUGGCCGAGACAUCUCCAUUCCGAAACUGGUCGGCGUACAGCUCUUCCUUGAAUCGCCUCGUCGCCAGAAUGCCGCGCGAGGCACACGAAAUCGCGACUUCCACUUUCCUGGAACUGAUCACGGAGGCUCAAAUUGCCAUGGGCUUGCGGCGCUCCCUCCGCUCCCUCCUCGCCACUACAGCCUAUCAAGGGGGCGACGCAAAGCAAGCCGAUAACGCGUGGAUUCCUGCGCACACGCCCAUCGGUCGCCGGAGAACGCGAUUUGAUCAGAUAAACGCGGACCCCGCACAGGGCAGGCCAUGGCCGAGCGCCGUGCUGGAAGUCGGUCUCUCGGACUCGGAGUCGGAGAGGAAGCUGAAGGGUGAUGUGCGAUGGUGGUUGCGGGCGUCAUCGGCCGAGGUCCGCCUUGUCUUUACGAUCAACAUCAACAGAACCCGCCCCGAGCUCGUAAUCGAGUCUUGGGUGCCUCACCCACAUCGUGACGGUGGUCGCCUUGAUAGUACGGUCACCAUCGAGAAGGACGAGGAUGGGAGGGUAACUGUUCGCGGCGCUCCCCUGGUCAUCAGCUUCGAGAGACUGUUUCUAAGAGCCCCCGAUGGCGAAAGAGAAGGAGACAUUGAAAUCGAGGAGGGAGAUUUGCAGGACCUGGCUGAAGCUGUGUGGGAGUCGCAAGGCUUCUGA